AUGGGCCUCUCCGGCGAGCCUCUCUCACUACCGAAUCAAGCUGUCUCCCUCCCACCAACAGCACCUGCCACCCCCUCCAACAUGAGCAUGUCGUCCGACAACUCAGGUUUCGAGUACCACGAACAAGCACGGGCCAGUCUGCAAGGUCGUCAACUAGACCCUAUUCCCCCUGUGCUCGAUCAUGGCUUGCUUUCCGCACUUUCCCAUAGCCUGCAUGAAGAAUUCCCUGAGGACCACCACAGCCAGGUUGCACGGCUGGCCUCGGUGCGGUGUUUCCAGAUUCUGUCGCUCAAUCUCCUCUUGUGCGGCUGUCUCAAGAGCGCAUACGAAUUCUGCCAGCGCGGUCUCGAUAUCGCACCCAGAAACGAAGACCUGCUCGAGACCAAAGGGUACAUAGAGGUCGUUGCUCGUCGUCGGUUGAAGAGGGAAGAGUUUGGCGUUGCCGAUCUCCCCGACGGCGGACUUGUGCGGCGCGAGAUUUACCCUUGGAAUACGCACGAGCCAGAUCGCUUUGCUCCCGAAUCUCUGGAAUUCCUUAACAAGGAGUUGGAGAAGUUUGCACCCAAGUGUGCCGUGCAGGUGUCUGAGUUACUCAUCCUCCUCGAGGGCGCCAGUAACACGGACGGCUACGAUAUAAUUCCAACAUGCAACCAACUGGGUCUCUUCGCUAUCGAAGAUGUUGCGCCAGGCGAGGCGGUGCUCAAGGAGUACUCGCUCCUGACGGCCAACAACCGUCUGAAGGAGCCCGUCUGCGACGCCUGUGGCUCGGAGUUACCACCCCUUGGCAGUGAAGUACCAGCCGUCAGCUGUGACGAAUGCUACGACACUGUUUUUUGCAGUCAGUACUGCCACGACCAAGCGCAGGAGAUGUACCACCCGGCAGUGUGCGAAAAAGAUGUAGAUGCCAUUGCCAAGGAUAGUGACGCGAAGGAGGCUGGUGAGACGUUAUACCUGCUCUUGUUGGCCCGCGUUCUCGCCAUUUCGAAUCAUCAAGAGAUCCACCCGCUCGACGCCAAACAGGUCAAGUACAUCUGGGGCGACUUUAUACCGACCGCCUCCAACGAACUCGACCUAUCCCCGGGUGCCAACCCGCCUCCGGACUGGACUCUACCGUUCUCAUUCAAAUACAACAUUGAGACGCCACUUCACAUCCUUGAGAAGAUGGACGUUGAUAUUUACCAAACACUCGCGCAUCACGACAUUUGGGUUCUCAACACGCUUUACAGCAAGUUCCGCGGCACCGCGUCCGCCCGCAAGAACCCGCGCGAUGGCCGCCCCGAUGUUGCUGCCGUUCACCCCUUCUGGUGUCUCGCCAACCACGAUUGCAACCCCAACGUGACGUGGGAAUGGGGAGGCCACAUGGUCCUCUGGGCACGCGAGCAGCGCGUCGUCGGCGACAAGCCGCCUGGCAUCAAGGCCGGAGAGGAAAUCUUGAACCAUUAUUGCGACGUCACGUUGCCAGUGCAGCAGCGUCGCGAGUGGGCCGUCGGUAGCCUCGGCGGCUGGUGCAUGUGCGAGCGAUGCCGGAUCGAGGCGACGCAAGAUGAUACGACGCAGAACGGACCAACACACAACGGCGAUGCGAUGGAGGAGUGA